AUGGCGGCUCCGGCCAGGCUAUGCACCGCCGGCAGCCCCCUGGCACUGCUCCGGCGCCCGGCCACCGCGCUCCCCGGCGGCCCGGCGCUCAACAUCUGCCUCCGCCUCCGGGGCAGAUCCCUCCACCGCACCUCCCCGGCGGCCGCCGCGGCCCCCAGACCCAAGGCCGCAGCAGCAGCGGCACAGAAGCCUACUACGCGGAGGGUGAUCGCCCGCAAGUCACCCUCCCCCCCUCAGCCCUCCUCCGUCCCCGGUACUUCCUCACCACCACCACCACAACGUCCUCCGGGCCCGAAGGAGGGACAAGAUGAAGAAAAGCAGUCCCUCUCCGACAUCGUCGCCCAGCGGCGCCUGCCCCUCGUCGGCGCCGCCCUGGCCGCGGGCCUGCUGGGCCUGUACGUGAGCUACCUGGCCGCCACGCUGCUCAAGGACUCUUCGUGCCCGUCAUGCCACACGGCCUCCGCAGAGGAACCCGCGACGACGACGACCCCGACCGGCCGCCCGCCGCAGGAGCUCACCCGCGCCACGGCGGCCCAGUUCGACGCCUCGCUCGACUGGCCCGAGCGGCUCAUGGGCAUCACCCGCCUGCGGCGCCGCAUGGCGCGCCUCGCCUCGGGCCACGUCCUCGAGGUCGCCGUGGGCACGGGCCGCAACCUCGCGCUGUACGACUGGGACGACGUCGCGGCGUACACCACCGCCACCAGCCCCGACUCAUCUUCCCCCUCCUCCUCCCCCGCCGCCGCCGCAGACCAAGACGGCGAUGCCGCCGCUCUGCAGGAGGAAGGAAGGCGCAAGCUGCGCCGCCUCGAGAAGACCGGCUUCAAGGCCUCCUCCUCGGACGUUGCUGUGGCAGAGGUCACCUCCUUCACGGGCGUCGACAUCUCGCCCGACGUCCUCGAGGUCGCGCGCUCCAAGCUGCGCGCCGCCGUGCCGGGCGGGAAGAGGGCCCUCAAGAAGCGCUUCCGCUCCGCCUGGGGCACGGGCACCCCGCUCGACGACGCAGGCAAGGUCGUCGAGAUCGCCAACGCGGCCGGCGGCCGCCUGCGGCUGAUCCAGUCGGACGCGCAGCUCCCGCUGCCGGCACCACCCACGCUCGACAACAACAACAACAACAGCAGUACCACGGGCACCAGCUCGCGUCAUCCAGGGGCGCGGGAGCCGCCGCGCAAGUACGACACCGUCCUCCAGACCUUCGGCCUCUGCUCCGUCGGCCGGCCGGCCCAAGUCCUGUCCCGGCUCGCGGCGGCCGUCGAGCCCGACACGGGCCGCAUCGUGCUGCUCGAGCACGGCCGCGGGCGCUGGGCCGCCGUGAACCGCCUGCUGGACCGGUACGCGGGGCGGCACCACGAGCGGUUCGGCUGCUGGUGGAACCGCGACAUCGAGGGGAUCGUGCGCGCCGCCGCGGCCGAGGUGCCCGGGCUCGAGGUCGUCGCCGUCGAGAGGCCCGGCUUCCUGCAGUUCGGGACGAUGCUGUGGAUCGAGCUGAGGGUGCGGAGUAGCAGUGGUGGUGGUGGUGGCGCUGCUGCUGCUGCUGCUGCGCCAGGGGGAGGAAAGUGA